UGGGGAGAUGCUGGGGCUGCAUUUCAGUCCCCUGCCCUUUUGAUAAAGGUGCCGAGACAACCCCACUGUGGUAGGCACUUGGGGAGACCGUGGAAGACCCCAUGCAACAGGUGAUCCUGGGAAGGAGUCUGGAGGCCGGGGACACCUGCGCUCAUGCCUGUCUCUUCCAGACGCCCCAGCCUCCUCUGCCCCUCCUCCGUAUGGGCCUCACUACCCAGUGCUGCCCACCUCCCACUGGACCACAGGAUUCCAGAGGUCAUGGAUAAACCUCAGACUGGGCAAGUCUCCGACUUGAGUCAGCAGGUGUGGAUCCUUCGGGGUCAGACCCUCAUGACCGUUCCGCGGAGUAGCAGUGUGGCUCCAGCAGUCACCAUCACUGUUGUCCCAUGCAAGUAUCCGGAGUCUCUUGAGCAAGGCAAAGGGGCUCCCAUUUACUUUGGAAUAGAGAAUCCAGAAAGGUGUCUGUAUUGUCAGGACAUUGGGGGACAGCCCACAUUGCAGCUGAAGGAGCAGAAGAUACUGGGUCUGUACAAUCAGGCCGAGCCCGUGAAGUCCUUCCUCUUCUAUCACAACAAGACCGCCAGGACCUCCAGCUUUGAGUCCGUGGCCUUUCCUGGCUGGUUCAUCGCCUCCUCUGAGAGCCAGCCCAUCAUCCACACUUCUGACCGAGGGAAAAUGUACAAUAUGGCCUUCAAUUUAGAUUUCAGGUCUUUUGAUCGCCACCUAGUGGCGGCAGCUUUGUCUUAAAAUUUCUAGUUUCCAAUGUGUUUUCAUCUGUAUGAUCUCAUUUCACAUGGAUUCUGAGAAGUGGGCCACGCCCCGUUCUUGUCAUAUAUGAAUGAAGAAGCAAUGACUUCGUGGGAACCAAGGAACAGAAUGUGGGCUCAGUAGUCGGAGGGAUGGGAUGUGAGGCUCUGUUGCAAGCUGAAACUGUCUGUCCCUCAAGCCAGCUGUAUAAGCACGUUGGGACCCCAGAACAACAGGGGUCUCUCCCCAGGAGGUAGUUGUAAAGCCUCUGAGCUCAUGAAUUGUACCCCAAAUCCUGGGACUAGUGUGGAGCUGAUCUUUGUUUUUGUUUUGUUUUCUUUCCUUAUGGGAUUACAUUUCUCAUAAUCAUGAUAUGUUGCUGGUAUAUUGCAAGGUGUAUAAUACAGCCUUUAAAGGGUUAGGACCAUGUAAAGAAAAACAAUUCUUAAUUAUUUUUGUCUAAUUCUAAUGUGUUAACAUAAAGCCAAAUAUAAACACCAUGUAUUUAUGCAAUAAAAAAAAAGCCUAGCAUAAAAUUAAACAGGAA